CCAAGCUAUGGCUUACAGACAACUACUUUGACAACUAAAACUGAUGGCAGUGAUGGCAAGGCUGAGCACCUAGAGUAUGUUGCUUUUGCAUUGGUUCCCGUUUUCUUCAUCAUGGGUCUCUUGGGGAUCCUCAUCUGUCAUAUCCUUAAGAAAAAAGGAUAUCGUUGUACAACAGAGGCUGAAGAAGUAGAAGAAGAAAAAAUUGAUGAAAAAAUAGAAAUGAAUGAAACUAUACAUGAGAAUAGCGACACUGUUGGACAAAUUGUUAACUACAUUAUGAAAAAUGAAGCAAAUGCUGAUGUGUUACAGGCCAUGGUAGCAGACAGCAAUGUCUUUGAACCUGAAAGCCCUUUAUCCCCUACCUCUCCUGGCAGUCCAACGAGUCCAGGGUCUCCUUUGUCACCUGGUGCUGUUCCAUUUAAACACAACUGCAAAGGCCAUCACUUCCAUACUGUUGGAGGAGUGGUAGAAAAGGAUGUUUGUACUCGUUGUAGCCACAAGCGAUGGCACCUUAUAAAGCCAGCUCACAAAUCUAAAGAGCACAGAAGAAGUCGUCUUGGAGAAGUUACAGUCCUUUCUGUGGGAAGAUUUAGAGUUACAAAAGUGGAGCACAAAUCGAAUUCCAAAGAACGGAAAAGCUUGAUGUCUGUUACUGGCGUGGAGAGUGUCAAUGGUGACAUGCCUGCCACGCCUGUGAAACAGGAGAUGCAAGAGAGGAGAAGCUCAGAGUAA